CGGGCAUGCUGAAGCCCCAUUUACUACCAUCGGUACAUCGCUCCCUUGCGACACGUUCGCCACGAACAGUAUGGGUGGUCUAACUGAGUCCAGCACUACCAACGUGGACUCCGAAUUGCAUGCACGAACCGGCUCUGCAUGAUCUGCCUUUAGCUCCCGUGCUCCCCCGAGUCAUUCUCAUACCUCUUCCCGAGCCUCUCCAAAUACCGAACAAAUCCAUGAGCUUCCAGGUUUGGUAGACUAGACGUUCGGACCCGACAUUACCAAGAGGUUCACGCCGCAUGCCAGGCAGACAACGCGUCUUGGCACGUACGAAUGGGGAAACCGGAGACGUCAGUCACUUGGGGGAAGAUGAUGAGCGGAGCGGAGAAAGGGGAGCUUCUCCAUGUCCGAGUAGAGGACGUCAAGAUUCCAAGAUGGAAGGCUACGGGCUCGAGGACAUAUUACUGCAAGAUCAUGGUGGCCCUCCUUCUCUUGAUACUAGUAUUGCAACAUGCACUAUCUGUUUUCGCACGAACACCACGAAUCGCUCGCCAGGUAGCUGGAGUGCCCCAAUAUGUUCUGGAUUAUGCACCCUUGGUUUGGCUCGACAUCGGGGAAGAGUAUUUCCCUUCCGACAUGUAUGCGCAAGUCACCAACACCCACCCGGAGAUCAACUUGACCAGUAUCGCCGAUCCUCCUGCACCUCUCACGCUUCAUAACCUCCAUGUUCUCAACGAUUAUGGAAAUGACGGCAUGAAUGUCUACCUCACGUCGAACAUGGAUGUCACUGAAGGUCCCAAAUGGUUGGAUGGUGUUGUGCCGGACUCCAGGGGAAAGACAAAAAGGGCCAUCAGCUGCGCUAUCAUUGUUAACGACCACGGCUCUGGAAACCUUGACACCUUUUAUAUGUAUUUCUAUGCUUAUAAUCUCGGAAAUACCGUACUCGGCCGUGAACUCGGAGACCACAUCGGGGACUGGGAACAUAACAUGAUCCGCUUCGAAGACGGCGUACCACAGGCCAUCUGGUAUAGUCAGCACGCAAAUGGCCAGGCGUUUACGUACAAAGCCGUGGAAAAGGAAGGCUUGCGACCCAUCACCUACUCCGCCGUCGGUAGCCAUGCAAACUAUGCCAUAGUUGGGGCACAUGACCACGCGAUCCCCGACCUGAACCUCCCUGUCGGUUUCUUGCUUGACUUUACUAGUCAAGGAACGCUCUGGGACCCUACUCUCAGCACUUAUUUCUACAAUUACCAGGCGGAAACGGGCUCUUUCGAGUCCGUCAAUGGAAGCCCAUUAGGAGCCAUGCAUUUCAAGGGCAAGUGGGGAGAUCAACAGUACCCCGAUUCGGACCCCAAACAACCGCCUCCUUUCUUUGGAUUCAGAAAAUUUGUUGGCGGCCCAUCGGGCCCCUGGGAUAAGCAGUUGAACAGGACGAAUGUCUGUCCCGAGACGGGAAUCCCGUGUAUCGUUAGGGACAUCUUGGGACCUUGAAGGAUCGCAUGAGCGCGUUCCAUAUAUACAUAGAUUGGAUACAUACGAGACAUGGUUCAAGGAGUUUUGGCUUUAGGUGUAAGAACGGAUUCGUUUGAUCAUCAGGGGUUCUGGACUGGCUGGGGGGACGGUUGGCAUGGGCUACGGAACCUGUAUUUAUGGGUUAGGACGGUU